AAGGAAGGAAGGAAGGACAACUCCCAGCUUCCCUCUCCCGCCCCCCUCCCCCCCCUCCCCCUCGCUCGGGCGGUCGGACCGGGCCAUGCCCAGGAAGGCGGCGGCGGCGGCGGCAGCCCAGCAGAAGGGACUUUCCUGGCAGUCCGGCGACGAGCAGCGCGGUCUGUGAGUUUGCUCUGCUUCGGUUCAUGGUUCCUGCAAGCCCUCCAAGAGGCCGAACGCUGCGCCCCCUCCCCGCGCCCCGAAGAGCCUCCUGCGUUCUCUGGCCCCCGGGCCCGCUCCGCGCCGCCCGGGCUCCGGCCGUCGCAGCCCAGUGCCCUCUGCCCGCGGCGGUGGAUGGCAUGAUGGUGCGGGGAAGGCACCGCGGCCUUGGCCAGCUGAGUCGCGACGGCCGCGGGGGCGGCGGCAUCGGCAGCGGCGGUGGUAGCGGGCUCCCCAGCGGCAUGCCAGUGCCCCCCGGGCGCGAUGGCUAGCGGCAGCGCUGGGAAGCCCACUGGCGAGGCGGCUUCUCCGGCUCCAGCGAGCGCCGUCGGCGGGGCUUGCUCGCAGCCCCGGAAGAGGCUGGUGUCUGUCUGCGACCACUGCAAGGGCAAGAUGCAGCUGGUGGCCGACCUGCUGCUGCUGUCGAGCGAGGCGCGGCCCGUGCUCUUCGAGGGCCCCGCCUCCGCUUGUGCCGGCGCCGAGUCCUUCGAGCAAUGCCGGGACACCAUCAUCGCGCGCACCAAGGGGCUCUCCAUCCUCACCCACGACGUGCAGAGCCAGCUCAACAUGGGCCGCUUCGGGGAAGCGGGGGACAGCCUGGUGGAGCUGGGAGACCUGGUGGUGUCCUUGACCGAGUGCUCCGCCCACGCGGCCUAUCUGGCGGCUGUGGCCACGCCGGGCGCGCAGCCCGCGCAGCCGGGCCUGGUGGACCGCUACCGCGUGACACGCUGCCGCCACGAGGUGGAGCAGGGCUGCGCAGUGCUGCGCGCCACCCCGCUCGCUGACCUGACCCCGCAGCUGCUGCUGGAGGUGUCGCAGGGCCUGUCGCGCAACCUCAAGUUCCUGACGGACGCGUGCGCCCUGGCCAGCGACAAGUCCCGGGACCGCUUUUCGCGCGAGCAGUUCAAGCUUGGCGUCAAGUGCAUGAGCACGAGUGCGUCGGCGCUGCUGGCCUGCGUGCGCGAGGUGAAGGCGGCGCCCAGCGAGCUGGCCCGGAGCCGCUGCGCGCUUUUCAGCGGGCCGUUGGUGCAGGCGGUUAGCGCACUGGUGGGCUUCGCCACCGAGCCGCAGUUCCUGGGUCGCGCGGCGGCCGUGAGCGCCGAGGGCAAGGCGGUGCAGACCGCCAUCCUCGGCGGCGCCAUGAGUGUGGUGUCGGCCUGCGUACUCCUGACCCAGUGCCUCAGGGAUCUGGCGCAGCACCCCGACGGGGGCGCCAAGAUGUCGGACCACAGGGAGAGGCUGAGGAACUCGGCCUGCGCCGUGUCUGAAGGCUGCACCCUGCUAUCUCAGGCUUUAAGGGAGAGGUCUUCGCCCAGGACUUUACCGCCAGUGAAUUCCAAUUCUGUGAAUUAGCACCCUCCCACCCUCAUCCCAUUCUUUCACCCCCCCCAGGCUAAAGGAAGAUACUUAUUCUCUGCCCCUCUCCAUUUAUACCAAAGAAAUCAAAAGUGAACUCCCCCACCCCAUGUUAAAUGCUCGAGAGGAAUCUUCCAGAAGGCAGGGCCAUGCAGACCAUAUACACACGCACUCGCACUCGGAGGGCCCCCGGUGCCCAGCAGCCCACACCAGGAGAUGGAAGAUGUGUCAUCUGCUGGUUGCGGUAUUACCCCUGCCCCCUACCCCGGCUCCUCUUCCGGAAUUCCUCCACUAAAUUUUAUUAUUAAUUGGGCAGGAAGGAGGUCAUGGGUUCAUUUCUUUUUUGGUCUUUUUUUUUCCCCCCCUAAUUAAGAGAAAGGUUACCUCAGUUUUCUCUCCUUAGACAUGGAUGUAGCUACCUUUUUGUAUGUUAUUUUUUUAAGCAGUCGUGAUGGGUUAGGCGUAUACUUGGUGUGGAAAGAGUAUGACUUUGCCAUGUGAUUUGCAAAUGGGGGGAAAAGCUACUGUGAGUGUGUGUUUUAUUUUUUAAUUUACACUAUAGAAUGAUUCCCCCCCAUGUCAAGUUUUUACCUUGCAUGUACUGGAGUAUUUAUUUCAUCUAUUAAUAAAAUGUUAUGUUUCUCAGA